UCAAAGUACAGGGAUCAAGGAUGAAAACAGGCCACGUCUUACAAACACAUCACACACGUCCAUCCGGAUCCCUCCUAUUUCCCGGCCCUUUUGGCCCUGACGAUUAUCUUGUGUUUUCUCAUGGCGUCGAGGACGUUCCAGAUCAGCUCCACAAAGUCGUUCUCCGUGUUGUUGAGAGUACCUGCAAAGACGAGCCCGCCCUCCGGCCACAGCACGGCGAAGGAAUUGCCGUGGCCAGUGUGGCCCACCAAAUGGCCAAGGCCGUCAUCCAACACAGUGCUCAUCACACCUAAGGACACACACACACAUACACACAUGAGAUCGAUGGCUGGGUGUGUCCCGUGUGUGACGUGGCUCCCUGGCUCACUUACCUAGUCCAUAGGUGAUGUCUGUGGUGUCGAAGUAGUUCGCCGUUGGGCCGCACUCGCGCAUCGCCGCCAAUGUGCUUUCAUUGCCAAAGACGCCGCCCGUGAAGAGCCCACGCACAAACCGACACAGAUCCUCACACGUGCUGCCAAACAAGUCCGUCCGUCAUGACGCAGACACACACACAGGCACACAGAUUGGGACAGGUAUACACACAUCGAUAGGUCUGUGCUGACCUGAUGACUCCGCCGCCCGCCCACUCCGCCGUCUGGCGCCGCUGUCCCCAGAUGUCAUCCUUGCCCUCAUACCGAUGGCACACACACAACUCGCACCUUCAAACACACAAACACACGUAGAUGAUUCGAUCGAUGAUGGGUCAGGUGCAUCCUUGUCUUUAUGUGUGUCACCUCGGCGGUUCUCUGUAAGCCGUCCAUGUGUGUGUCAUGCCCAGGGGAACGAAGAGCCUCUCGCGCAGCACCUGCUCCAGUGGCCGGUUCUCGAUCUUCUCAAUCAGCAGACCCAGCAGCACGUAGUUGGUGUCGGCGUAAUAGAACCGCUUCGUUUUGGCCGGCAGGGCGGCCGCAUACGGCAGCACCUCCAAUGGCGACCACUCGCGGUGCUCAUCGGCCUCAAAGACCUGACAACAAACAGAUAAAUGGGCACAGACAGAUUUCAGCGGAGAUGCAGCCAAUUGCUGACUCUGAUGAACUGCUUGCUGGCCCAGUACUCGGGCAGUUUGCUCGUGUGGUUGAGGAGCAUCCGCACAGUGACCCUCUCGACGUCCAGCCCCCCCAAGGCAUCCUCACUUAGGUGGUCGGCCACUCGGUCGUCCAGCCCCAGCCGCCCGCCCUCCGCCAGCAACAGCACACACGCCGCCGUCAUCAUCUUGCUCGUCGACGCUAUCUCGAAGGGCUGCGAUGCACUCAAUGGCUCGGUGCACUGAUCGGCCCGCUGCGCCAGAGUGCCGUGGGAACCUUCGAACAACAGGCGGCCAUCGAGGGUCUCGAUGCGCAUCAGGCCAGGCCCAUAGCCGCGAUUGGCACCCACCGUCUUGACCAAAAGGCUCUGCGCAGACAGCAUAGCGCACAACGCGCAAUGACAAGAUCUGGAUCAAAUGAUUCAUCUUUUGUCAGAUCUUGUGGCUGUGUGUUGUGUGAUUGCCGUGUGCCUGCCUGUGUUCGGUGUCUGACGCCCUCAAGGUCAUCCUCGGCGACGAUGAAGCCGUCGCACUGGCCACUCAUGGCACUGUCACCGGCAGCACCAGCAGCAGCAGCACCACGGUGGGCGGACCGUGGAGGAAAGCAGCACAGAUGGCCUCCUAUCGUGAGAUAGGGAGGGAAAGGAAGGCAAACUUGG